AUGAGAUUUACUAACAAAGGCUCGGAGAGAGUAUACGAGAAAAUCUCAAAUGUCCUUAAAGCUAUUGAUCUCUCGAGCAAUAGAUUUGAAGGAGAAAUUCCAGAAGUCGUGGGGUAUUUGAAAGGACUUCAAUUGCUUAACCUUUCCAAUAACCUUUUCACAGGUCAUAUCCCUUCUUCCUUGGUGAACUUAAAAGAGCUAGAAGCAUUGGACUUUGCUCAAAACAAGUUGUCUGGUGUAAUCCCUUUGCAACUCGUGCAACUCACUUUCCUCUCAUUGUUUAACGUCUCCCAUAAUCAUCUCACAGGGCCUAUACCACAUGGGAAUCAGUUUGACACAUUUCCAAACAGUUCCUUCAUUGGUAAUUCUGAAUUAUGCGGAAGCCCUUUGUCAAAGAAAUGUGAAAAUUCAGAAGACUCGCCACCCCCACCUUCAACCUUUGAAGAGAAUCAAAACUCAUUGUCUUCAUUUGAAUUCGAUUGGAAAGUAGUUGUGAUUGGAUAUGGUUGUGGAUUCAUAGUUGGACUUCUUGUUGGGCAAAUUGUGAUCAAGCAUGAUUGGGUUAUGAAGACUUUUGCAAUUGGGCAGCCAACACGAAGAAUGGCGAUUUGGAGAGGAUACAUAAAUUAA